UUAAUAUUCUUCUUGCCAAUUUUGCUUCCCCUCCCUGUCAUCUCUCUUCUUUCGUGUUUAAUAUGUUUGCUCGGCCCGAUUUUCCCCCGUUUGAGUGUUCUUGGCCGCCGCGAUCUGGUCAUCUGUAGGGAUUUUAACAUCGGUAGGGUUGGGCGGGUUGUUCGGCCAUCGAAUUGUUUGUUUUUGCUUGAGGAAUCUAGGGUUUGUGAGCUUCCGUUGACCGGCGAUGGAGGGUGGUUCUGAAGGAGAGAGCAACAGGAACGUUCAUCAGAGCCCUUCUGAUGGCCAGCCAAAGAAACCCAAGCGCCAGAUGAAGACUCCUUUCCAAUUGGAAACCCUAGAAAAAGUCUACGCAAUGGAAACUUACCCAGCUGAAGCAAUUCGAGCAGAGCUAUCAGUGAAAUUAGGGUUGACUGAUCGGCAGUUGCAGAUGUGGUUUUGUCACAGGAGAUUAAAGGAUAAGAAAGAAGCUGCAGGGGUGGCUGCAAUGAAGCCACGCGUGGGACCUAAUGAUGGUGUGAGUGGUAAGAGGAGUUUCACAGAAUCAAUCAGAGAAGAUGUUGCAAUUCCCGAGGUUGGUACUGAUCGUAGGUCUGGAUCUGGUUCGGGAUCCGGUUCUGGUUCCGGGUCUAGUCAGUUUGAUAAUGGAAAAGGCAUGCCAAGCGCGCCAAUGAGGUACUAUGAGUCACCUAGAGCAGCAAAAGAGCGUAAGAUUAUUGCUUGCAUUGAGUCACAGCUGGGAGAGCCUUUACGGAAAGAUGGACCUAUUCUUGGUGUGGAGUUUGAUGAACUUCCACCUGGCGCAUUUGGUGCUCCGAUCGGUACUUCUAAGUCUUUUAUUUUUAGAAAUUUCUGAUCUUUAUUGCUCAUUUUUUAUUUGUGCUAUCCUGCUUGGUAAAUAUACAUCUUUUUACUUGAAAGACAGAACUUAAGAUUAAUGCAGAAAUUCAUAGAUCUUUUAUGUGUGGAUGCACAUAUUGACUUGUUCUUUAUUUAGAUUGUAAAAGACUUCAUAAUAAUGGAAUCCCGUUCUC